UAAAAUGUUCGGUUACAUCCGAACUUAGCCCUUCCUUACUUGUUUUAUCUGUAACUGUUUAUAAAGAUAGAUAUAAAAGAAUGCAAGAUAAAUGGUGAUAAACUUUUUUCACGUGACAGGUCAGCGGGAUCCUAUCGACUACAUAUUCACGGGCAACCAUUUGUAUGGGUCUUUUCUUCAACAAAUUGUCUUUAAUGACAUCCAAUAACGCAUUAAAGGUCAUUUCUUUGGAAUCGGCAGCGGGGGUUGUUUGUAAGAUUGACAUUUAAAAUAAAUAAACAUGCACGUAACACAAAUAGAGUAAAAUUACAUAAAAGCACUUUGUUUCAAUGUAUCUAAUGAUAUUUUACAGUUCUGAUACAACUCUAGCAUGAAAUACGGGGGGUUCAUAACCCAGCCGUGAUGCAAUUUUGGAAACAUCAAAAACAAAUUACACACUAUUUUAAUACGACAUGAACCAAUAUUGGAUUGAAAAAUAUAAUCAAAACACUUAACGAAUAUGCAUAACUCUCACCUUUUCGGCACAAAUUAUCAGACAAGACAAUCAGAUGGUUUAUUACUCAGCUAGGUUCACAACUGUACGCAUACUCGUAUACAUAAUGGAAUUGGAAAGAGCAUAGGAUGCUUAUUAUUAAAAAAAAGUAUAUUUCUUACGGAUUGAAAAAAAAUCUUUUUCGUCGAACUUUACGUAAUUGUUUGCAAACAAAUUUGAAAAUUUGAAAUUUUGAAAAAUGAAAAAAUGUAUUUGUUGUUUGUUGAAAAUUUUGUAUGCACGAAAGCUUACGGAGAAAUGCUAGCAAGAAGCUGCUCCCGAACCAAAUAGACAAAAUAAUUAGUGCUGUAAUUCCAAAUAAAGAAAAAGAUAAAAAUUUGUUCAGUUUCCCGUCAAACUCAACUUUACUGUUGAACAAAGCAUAAGGGCAGACAUUACAGCUAGCAGGGGUGCUUUAAGACAAGCCAUGCUUCUCUCACGGUCAACUAUUUGAAAGUGCAUGCAAUUCUCAAUAGACAAAUGUAUUUGUUUUUUUAAUCUACAGAAAAAAAGAAGGAAAGAGUUAAGUUCAGGUGUAUUAAAAAAUGGGGGAAAAGAAUUCACGUUCGCUAUUUGACGGAAGCAUGAGUGGAUUACAAUCAAACUUGCGUUCAGUUUUGGCCGAUAUGAGUAAUGUUGAGCAGGCUUCAACGUUACAAUUUAAUCAGAGAGAAGGAGGUAGAUCGGAUAACAUCUCCGCUACAUUUUAUAAUUUAAACAAUCCGACAUCUCAUAUAAAGCUGCAUAAUAUAAUCGACGGCUAUGUAUUUACGCACACCUUUGGAAAGAGGGGCGGCGUCUCUUUGUACGCCGUAAAAAAGUCAUUGAGGGAAGAACAACCUUAUAACUCUGAUAAAACUUUAAAACUCGUUUCACGCUACAUUGCUUUUAGCAUCAAAACUGGCAAGUUUCAACAAAUAACUGGCCAGGGCGCGGCCGGAACGUUCCGAUUAAAUCGCAGUAUACAUAAUGGGCAUCUGGAGAGAUUGAGAAGACUUCGGAAAGUUUCGUUACAGUCCCAUACAAUACAACGCCAAAAAUCCAACAGGCAAGCUAAACAUAAUACAGUACUAUGAUUAGACUUCCAAAAUAAUAAUUCUGGUAUACCAAUAGUGGGUUUAGCAAAACAACUAAUAAUAACUUUGUUCAACAAAAUAAUUAACUAUGUUGUUUUACAAGCAAAACGUAACAGUUAAUUAAAAUCUGAAUAUUAGAGCACAUA